GGGAGUAAGGAUGUACCUGUCAAAUGGUUGGAGCUGGUGUCAACACAGGGUCUGGAAGCAGAUGUUGCGUGGUCUCAGCACAAGAGUAAACCCUGCAUCAAAAGAGAUCAGGAAAAUGUUUCUUGACUUUUUUAUGGAGAGGCAUGGCCAUGAGUACGUUCAUUCCUCCUCAGUGAUUCCUCCCAAGGGGCAGGGGACGUACUUCACCAACGCAGGCAUGAAUCAGUUUAAACCGUUGUUUCUGGGAACAGCUGAUGCCAUGAGCGAGAUGUCCAGAUACAGACGUGUCGUCAACAGUCAGAAAUGUAUCAGAGUUGGGGGUAAACAUAACAACCUUGAUGAUGUAGGGAAGGACUUCACGCAUCAUACAUUCUUUGAGAUGUUGGGAAACUGGUCAUUUGCGGACUACUUUAAGACAGAAGCUUGUGCCAUGGCUCUUCAACUGCUGACCCAGGUCUAUCAUCUCCAUACUGACAGACUUUAUGUUACCUAUUUUGGGGGAAACAGUUUGUUAAGCCUUCCCCCUGAUGAAGAGUGUCGGCAGGUGUGGCUGUCGCUAGGUAUUCCCCCAGAGAGAGUGCUACCAUUUGGGAUGAAGGACAAUUUCUGGGACAUGGGAAACACUGGGCCCUGUGGUCCGUGCUCAGAAAUCCACUAUGAUCAUAUCGGCAACAGAAACGCUGCGUCACUUGUCAACACAGGGUCACCUGAUGUGGUGGAAAUCUGGAAUCUCGUCUUCAUGCAGUUUGAUCGACUAGCUGACCAGACCUUAAAGUCUUUACCUAGACAGCACGUGGACACAGGGAUGGGGCUAGAGAGAUUGUGUGCUGUGAUACAGGGGACAAGAUCUAACUACGACACAGACCUCUUCUCUCCUCUCUUUGAUCAUAUCAGACAGGCGGGCACUGCUCCUGGCUACCAUGGUAACGUGGGGGCAGCAGAUGAGAAAGGGAUCGACUCUGCCUACAGAAUUGUGGCUGACCAUGCCCGGAUGUUCACCGUCACCAUUGCUGAUGGAUUGUUGCCAGGCAACGAAGACCUAGAACACAAGCUAAGACACAUCCUCCACCGAUGUAUUCACCAGGCUCUCUGUAUCCUUCAUCUUCCUCAUGGAUUCCUCUCUGGCUUGGUCGAUGUUGUUGUUGAUUCACUGGGAGAGGCAUAUCCAGAAAUCUCAAAAGAUGUUCCAAAGAUAAAAGACGUAGUUAACAUGACAGAGGAUAGAUAUCUGAGUAAUCUGACACAAGCCAGGAAGACAUUAGAGAAGUUUUUGAGCUCACAGAAGACAGGAACAGACAGACUCAUCUGUGGUGAAGAAGCACUUGGGCUGUAUGAGGGGAGAUAUGGUCCCCCUAUUUCUCUGGAGAUUUUAACAACUCUUGCUGAGGAGAAAGGCCUUUCUGUUGACAUGACAACAAUUGAGCUGAAGUUGAAGGAAGACAGGGAGACAUCCUACAGGGCAUCUAAUAUGAGCCAGUCAGCUUCUUCCUUUCACCUAGACCACCAUGCUUUGCAAAGGCUGCAGGAAAUGGGUGUGCCUGAAACAGAGGAUUCUGGGAAAUAUGACUACAAGAGAAUGGGAGAUUCGUAUGAUUUCACAACAAUAAGGGCAUGUGUCUGUGCACUGGUGCAUGAUGGGACAUUUGUAGACUGUGUUCAGUCAGGAGAACAGUGUUGGGUCAUCCUGGAUCGUACUAGUUUCUACGCCGAGAGCGGCGGACAGGUGUCGGAUCAGGGGGAGAUAAUCACGCAGACUGGUCGCUUGUUAGUGACAGAUGUACAGAAGGUCAAAGGUUAUGUGUUACAUAUUGCCACAGUAACAUCUGGACAGGUUCAAGUUGGGGAAAGUUCAUUAUGCAAAUUAGAUCAGGCUCGCAGAGAAGGCUGCAUGAGAAACCAUACCGCCACCCAUCUGCUCAACUUCGCGCUUCGUGAAACACUAGGGCAUGAUGGGAUACGUCAGCAGGGGUCACUCGUCACUCCACAAAGGCUGACGUUUGAUUUCAGCUAUCUGGGUAGUAUUGACAGCCAACAGCUGACAGAGAUAGAGGUUUGUGUGAAGAAGCUGAUAGCUGAAAGGAGAGAGGUGACGAAAGCAGAAAUGACGCUGGCUGCAGCUCAGAGUCUUCCCAAUCUUGUGAAACUAGAGAACGAGCUCUACCCUUCAAACGUAAGGGUGGUAGCUGUGGGAACAAUUCCAGGGGAGGUUUCUGGAAGAGCUGAGAACAGCUCUGUGGAACUUUGUGCAGGAACCCAUGUAGACAACACAGCUGACCUGACAGAGUUCUGUGUCAUCCGUCUGACCAGUGUCAGUUUGGGUACCAAGAGGAUGACAGCUGUCACAGGGAGAGAUGCUGUCCAGGCCGUGCAAACUAGCCAUGAGCUGGAGGAUGUGUACAAGCAGCUGGAGGAGUGUGUGCUCAACGGGAGGAACAUGGAGAAGUGGGUACAGUGGGAGAAACAACUCAACAAGGGAUUGUCCGAGGAAUUGGUCCAAAAGACAAAACGGGAUGAACUUCUGGAUAAAUUGAGACGACUGGGUGACAAGAUGAGUCACCAGAUGAACAAAGACGAGAAGAGCAGGAGAAUAGAGGAUUUUGUGUCCCUGGUAGAUGAGCAUAAGGAUUCACCAUUCCUCAUCUCUGAUGUUACCAUGGAAAUCACCAUCAAGCAGAUGAUGAAGACUUUGCAUAGUUCAGCAUCAUACAGAAAACCAACUUUCCUCGUGGUGAGAAGCAAAAACGGGGAAAACUCUGAACUGCUUGUUAAGCAUACCUGAGGGUAGUCUGAAAAUUUCCAGUGAAGACAUUGGAGAUUUGGUAGUGGAGAGGUUUGGAGGACGAAGAGCUCUGGCCAAGGGGAAGAACUCUGAAGGAUUUCAUGUUGUGAAUUUGGACACAGCAAAUAACACAGCAGAUGUGUUAGAAUAUGUGACCAAUAAGUUUUCAUCAGCUAGUUGAGAAAGAUUAUCAGGAUGAAAAAGAUGUGUCCAUAAUUUAAACAAAAAUACAUGUAAUGUGAAAGUAUAUGUAAGUCUGCUGGGAGAAAACAAUAAUGACAGAUUUUGUCGUAAUUUUUGAAACAUUUUUGUAUCCUGUAUAGAAUGUGUGGUGACAAAUGGUGGAUAUUAUAAACUUAUGUAAACAAGUUACAAUAGUAUUUAUGAUUGUCUACUCACAAAUCCCACCAAAAUAUUUCCUGUAGAAUUCAGUGUACGUCAGGAUUAAGCUGAGCAGAUUAAUGGCUUAUCACCAGAUCUACUAACCCUGGGCUAAUGAGGUAUCUGGUUCGGAAAAACAGAAUAUACUGAGUGAGUAAGUGCUAAGGGUUUAAUAUCGGACUUAGCAACUUUUCAGUCAUAUGAUGACGAAGGACAAAGAAAAUUUAUAAAUAUCUGGAUAUCAUGGAUGGACUGAGGCAUCUCAGAACUUGUGUUCUGACUGAAUAUACAAAAGGAUGAACUUCAUGUACAACAUCAGUGAAAUAUGUAAAUGAACACAUCCAUUGGUCAGCAAACCAACCAAUCAAUCAGAGAUUUUGUCUCUUAUUCUGAAUCAGACUAGCCACAUAUGUUUACCAACUUCACCGACUUGUGCUGUUUUGAUUAAAAUCAUGUAUAUC